UUUUAGUAACAUUCUUCUCUUUUAUAAUCCUUCUAAGGUGGAAACAAGAGACCAAAAAAUACAAUCAGAACUGAGCCAGACGUACCAAUUCAGGAGGAUAAGCAUCAACUUAAUAAGUCAUUGAUUUUGUGGCUAUGUAAAUUAGUCUACUUUACUUGGGAAGAUGCUACUGAUUCCAUUAGUCGCUUCCGUACCUUUGCAGCUUGAGGACAAGCUAAACUUGAAGAUGGGUCGGAUUUUUGGAUACUGAUCCCAAAUCAGAGUUUUAAUUUGUUAAUGUUUAGUACUCCAAAUCGGAUUUGGAGUAUUUGUUUAGGAAUAUGUAUUUGUUAUGCUUUCUUUCAGUAUUUCUUUAGGAUUAGGAGUUUUUAUUAUAGCCUAUAUAUACUGGUUAUCAGCGUUUUAUUCAUUCAAUACGAUUGAGCUUUGCUUAUUUGAGGUGGUUGAUCCCCAAUCAAAGAAUCUGUGUAAUCUAUUGCUGGUAUUAGGAUCCGUUCGUUAGUGUAGGAUCCUAUCAGUUUAUAUCCAAAUACUAAAGGUAGAAAAGAAAACUAAAAGUAGAAAAGAGAGCAACAUGUCCGCUAUAUUAACAAACUUCGGAGAAAGAUAUGAUGACGAUGAUACGAGUCAUUACCAGCAUGGCAUUCCUGGAAUACCUACUGAUGGAAAAGUUGUUCUACUAAAAAAUUCAAAGUUGAAGUCUAACGUCUACCUUGUUGGAACUAAUCAUAUGUCUAAGGAGAGCGCUGAUACUGUCAAGAAGGUGAUCAACUAUGUCAGGCCUAAUGCAGUGGCGAUUGAGCUGUGCGAGCAACGUGCCGAUUUAAAGAACUCUGAAACGGAGGAUGUUAACUUGUUUAAGGUUUUUUGCAAUUGCAUGCUCCGUCCUGGGAAGUUGCCCAUGAAGAUUCAUCUCUUUGCUGAAGCUUGUUGGAAAUUACGGUUACAAGCUGCUUGUAUAGAUUCAGGCCUGGAGUUUAAGGUUGCAAUGCAAGAGGCUUCUAAAAUCAGAGCAAGAUGUUUCUUCAUUGAUGAAGAUAUUGAUGUCACCUAUGAAAAGAUGUCAAAAGUUUUCUCUUGGGUUCUGCUAUGGGAACACUUGUUUGCUGAGGUCGACUACACUAGAGCAUCUUUACGGGAAGAUAAGGCUAACGAGAAAAAACAAUAUCCGGAAUUUAUGAAGGUGGUCGAUGAUGAUAGAGAAAAGUUUAUGUUUGAGAAAAUUCGAACUAUUAGAAAAAAAAAGUUGUGGUAGUGGUUGGGAUGGAACACAUGGAUGGAAUCGAAUUAUUGUGGAAACAUGCAGAGAAGGAUAUGCUUCUAAAAAAAGAAAAAUGCAGAGGGUGUAAUAAAAAACCUCUCUCAUCAAAAAAGAAAAAACACAAUAAGCAACGUCAUUGGAAAAAAAAAAGUGGUAGCCAUGGUUAAUACAGACAGGGUAGAGUGGUUGGUGUGAAGAUUAAUUUUUUUGGGAGAAUCUGGAACUUGCAUCUUUAGAGAAAAACAAAAGUUUUUGGUUUCAUCUGAUACUUCUUCUAACCAGCAAUGUAAUCAGAUAUUCGUAUAGAUUGUUGAAAUGCUAAUUCUGGGUUUCUCACAUGUCAACACUACUAAAUUUGUCCUCUUUGAAUCAUACUGACAUUGGAACUCCAUUUUCAUUGAUUCAA